GUCUUUUUUUUUUUUUUUUUUUUUUUUUAAUUUGCAAAAGAAAAACACUGAUACAAAAAGCUCGAUUCCUCUUUGUCUCUCUUCUAUUCUUCAACUCACUCGUUUUGCCCUUUCUCUCUCGCACUCGCAGAUUUCCUCCUUCAUCUUCAGAUGUCUAUCUUCGAGUACAAUGGAAGUGCCCUAGUGGCAAUGGUCGGGAAAAAUUGCUUCGCAAUUGGUAGUGAUCGAAGAUUAGGGGUUCAGCUUCAAACAAUUGCUACUGAUUUCCAGCGUAUUUUCCAAAUUCACGACCGUCUCUUCAUCGGUCUCUCUGGUCUUGGCUCCGAUGCUCAAACUCUGUACCAGAGGCUUGUGUUUCGGCACAAAUUGUAUCAGCUGAGAGAGGAGAGAGACAUGAAGCCUGAAACUUUUGCUAACCUUGUCUCUGCAAUUUUGUACGAGAAAAGGUUUGGCCCAUACUUCUGCCAGCCAGUGAUUGCUGGAUUAGGUGACGAUAACAAGCCUUUCAUUUGCACAAUGGAUUCGAUUGGAGCCAAGGAGCUAGCUAAAGAUUUUGUUGUUGCUGGAACUGCAUCAGAAUCUCUGUAUGGUGCUUGUGAAUCUAUGUACAAGCCUGACUUGGAACCUGAAGAAUUGUUCGAGACAGUCUCCCAGGCUUUACAGGCAUCAGUUGACCGGGACUGUUUGAGUGGUUGGGGAGGGCAUGUCUAUAUUGUUACUCCAACAGAGAUCAAGGAGCACAUCUUGAAGGGCAGGAUGGAUUAGAAUAUCUCUCAAGGGCUUAUCUUUCCCUAUUCCCUCUAUCAUGUCUUUGGAAUGUAGUUAGACUUGUUUCCGUGGAGGUUGAAUUUUAUAGAAUCUGCUGUUGAAACUAGCGUGUGCUAAUUCUGAAAUCUUGUUCAUUUAGUGGACAGUGUUUGCAAUUAGAUAUUUCCAGACUUAGAUCUUGUUAUCCCCUGAGUUCCAUUCUAAUCACAAGCCAUUAUUUUGGCCGGUGAUUAAUUUGAUCAAUCUUUUGAUGAAUUAUUUGAGGGACUGACUUGGAUCACAAGAAUGUGUAUACAUUUUGCUGAAGAAUAAGUGUGCCUGAUUGACAAACUGACAGUA